AUGGAGGCAUUGCUCUGCAAUCGCGUUCUGAAGUUUGUGGAAAUCACGGUUAACCUCCUGGUGCUGAUCUGCGUGGGCGCUGCCCAAGCCUCCGUCGCCGGCUUCACCUCCCUCGGCGGCUUCGGCGCCGGCUCCUUUGGCCUGAACUCGGCUUACAGCCCCUUUGAGGGCACGGAGCUGCGGGAGGUGAGGGAGCUGGACAUGCAGUUCACCCAGAUGAGAGCCCCGUGCGUGUAUGGCGGGGUAGCCUUCAGCUUGACAGCCGCAGCACUGACCCUCGUCUUCCUCAUCGUGGGGGCAAAACCCAUCCAGCAGCUCAGGGUGAGGAUGCUGGCAGGCGAAUGCGCCUUCAGCCUCCUGGCCGGCGCGGCGUACGUCGCGGCCGUCGGCCUCUACCUGCAUUUCGUCAGCCAGGUGAACUCCACAGAAGUUUGCAAGAGGCACGAGAGGCUGUACGCGCGCCGGGGUUACACCUCCAUGAGCUGCGUGGUCCAGGGCGGCGACGCGGCCGUCGGCCUUUUCGGUGUCGUUGCUGCCUGCUUGUACUUGGCCAGCUUUGCGGUCUGCAUCCUCGCUAUCCGAACCGUCCGGGCCUUCCAGAGCCACGCGGCCAAGGCUCAGCACAGCCCCGAAGGCGGCGUUAGAAGCGUCAGAAACCACCGUGUUGUCCACAGGACCUCUGAAGGCUCCCACAACGUCCAGGCUCUUGCCACGUUGGUGUGA